GUUGUCAUCUAUCUAUCAGCUUUACACUGAUGCGUUUUUUUCGCUUUGUUGUUGUCGCUGCCAUACAACUCUUCCUGUCGAGGUCUGAUCGUGAUUACAUACAAUACAUACAUACAUACAUACACUUAGUGCAGGACUAAACAGUGCUGCCUGCGAUCCUGUCUCCACCAGGCUACGUACGACGGCUAUAGGCAUACGCGGUCUAAGGGAACCGGUGCAAAGUACGGAAAGGAGUAUGGUGCUUCUUACUUCCUCGACGGUGUCGGUGAUCAUAUCCACGGGUGUUAUUUGUACCUUCACGUUUCUGCUCUUCCUAUCGGGGUACGUGCUGCAGCAGCAAUCCGUCCGAAGCAUCCAGCAUGCCAUCCGACCGCCUCCACCCCCGGACCCCGUGGUAGGGCAUGGAAUGCCUGGACCGUCAUUCCACGGUGCUGAGCAGGAGCUUCUUCUGUCCAAUGACGCGACCGAUAAGCAACAGAAGAGGGAUACUACCCAUUCUCAAUCCCCACAGCCAACGCCAGGCAACUUCGCAUACCUCCAGCUGCUCUCCACUCCCGAUCCCUCCAAUAUAUGCUCCGCCAUCCUUUUCUUUAAGCAGCUGGCAGCCAAUGGCACGGCCGUCCAGGACCGCUUAUUCAUGUACCCGCGGGAAUGGGACUUGAUGCCGACCAAGGAGCUCACUGAGCCGGUGUCCACCGCCCUUUCGCUCCUGCGAGCGGCGAGUCUCGAGUACGGCAUCUGGCUGCUCCCCAUCGACAUGACCCUGGCUACAGCGGAGGGCUAUGCGCCCACGGAUACAAAGCUGCUGCGACUGGGACAGAUCCAAUUCAUGCAGUAUGACAGUGUCCUGUAUGUCCAGACGCCCGGGCUGCUGCUCGACACGGGGAAGCUGGAUGCCAUGCUUUAUUCUCGUCCGUUGCCAUUGAGGCACGACAAGAACCGGCCCGAUUCGUUCAACAAUGAGGCCUGGAUUCCAAUGCCUCUGCGACCAGAGAGGGACGCGGUCCUCCCUCCCGUGUAUCUGAUCACGGUUAACAGCGUGGAGAAUGGCCAUAUCGAGGCUCGUGGCCAUAUUCCGAACACGGCUCUUCCGGGAUUUGGAAGCUUAGUCACAGGGCCCGGAGGCGUGCUUUCGCAGGAGGCAGAGGAGUUUUCUCCAGAUGAACAGCCGGGAUAUGUAUACUUUGAACAGGAUGAGGAUGGCCAUGUCCAAUGGGCCCAGAACCCACUCUUCGGGCCCUGGCGAGUCGGACAAAAUGAGGUAUGCGAGGGUCUUGAUUUGGAUGAUGCGAUGCACGACAGAUAGGAUUUGUAAAGUCCUUUCCUUUUCUUGUAUCUGAUAUGGGGCGUUUGGUCGGCUUGUUUAUUGGGCGUUUGCAUGAUAACCUUGAUGACCCACGAGGGCUGGCUGGUGUCAUUGCGGGUCCUGACAGGAGUCGGGGGUACAUGGAAUGGUGGUGAUGAUGAUGACGACCUUGAUAAUAUCUGUUUGUGUAUUUAUGAUGUAUGAAGAUAUGAAGCCAUGGUGUAAAUGAAAUAUGUAUU